UAUAAAAUUUUUAUUAAAGUUAAUGUUUAAAAUCAAAUUUACACAAGUUAAGAGGGAAGGCACUUUACAUCUGGGGUCAGGCUUGGGUUAUGGGGGAUUGCAAGUAUCAGUUGCAAGGUUCAUGAGGUACAUACAUAUCACAUAACCAGCAUAGAUCCAGAUUGGGGUGUGGGAGUUUUUAAAGUGUCAGUGUAUAAGUGGGCUCAGGUGCGCCACCCAUGGAAUGUAUUAAGAGUCCAAGUCAGUAUUGGUGUAGAGAAUAAGUACAUAGGUAGGGUGCAUCCCUCAGUUCAUCAGGGAAGGAAAUGGGUUAUUUCCCUGGUCGGUGUUCUCAGUUACUCAACCUGGUACUGCCGGUGUCCCUUCUUGUCCUUGGACGGUAUCGCUGCCACCACCAAGUGAGUUUGACAAAGAUUCAAGGAAAAGAACCACUUGGAGUUCCUGUUCCCCAAAAUAUUCCCCCAAAUCCCCUUCACCCCCUUUCCUGGGGAGGCCUGAGAAUAAUAUCCUCACCAAUUGGUACAGGUGAGCACGAACCAAAUCUCUGGGCUUUUAGGACACUAAAAACCAAUCAGAUUCUUUAAAAAAAAACAGAACUUCAUUAUAAAGAAAAAAAAGUAAAAGAAGCACCUCUGUAAAAUCAGGAUGGAAGGUAAUAUUACGGGGUAAUCAGAUUCAAAACACAGAGGAUUCCCAUCUAGGCAAAACUUUAAAGUUACAAAAAACAGGGAUAAACCUCCCUAAUACUAUGCGUUUUUAUACAAGUGUCAUUUUUAAAUGAGAGAAUAACAAAUGUGAAACCUGACCUAUCAGACCUACUUUGCUACAAAACUUUCUCUCCACCUCACUCCCAACAAUUGCACAAGAUUACAAAGUACAUCACUCCGUUUGGGUGUCAAAUCUCUUCCCACACCAGACUGGGGUUAGCUGACUUCAUUAAUGUACUAUCAAUUCUUAACACUAGAAAUGUGGAAUCAUUCUCCUAAGAUUAGUGAAAGUUUUAGACUUCUGAAAUAAACGAAUCCCUCAUCCACUUGAGCUUUCUUCUUCUAGUUAAUGGUGUGUCCCUCAGUGAGUCAGCCUGCCAUGUAGUUUAAAGACCAGCAACCCCCUGUAAAUUGGCAGAAUGACAGCAUGCAUCUCCGAUUGUCUCAGCUUCAACAAACAGGUCUGCACUCAUUCCAGUGAGAUCCCAGGAACUGAUUAACCUCUAGGUUAUGAAUCAAGGCUGCAGAUGCCAGACGAGGGAAGUGUGCGCAGAAAGAGGCUGCUAAGCGAAACAAGUUUUGUUCCCGGGAGGCGAGCCCCUAGAGCUCAGCAGCUCGCGCCCGGUUUGCUAUCCCUGCCCGGCAGCAGCGCCUCCUCUACCUCGCUGCUGGGGAGCUGGAGACAGCAGCCGCUCACCUGUCGGAGCAGGGAUAUUUCAAUUAGGGAGGAAGACUGGGCGCCCGGGGCUGUUCGCCUGCAGAUGAGCAGCCGGGGCCGUGUUACGUACGGACAGACUUCUCCCACGGGAAAGGGGUUUCCAGAGGGGCUGAAGGAGUUUAAGGCACUGCCUCCCCUCCCCCGCUCCUGACUCCAGCCUUUUUAAAAUUAUUAAUUGAUUAUUAUUAAAUACCAGGCGCCAUUUGCUCCAGCGCCCUGCCGGAGUCCCGCCGCCAGUCGGACUGAGCUCGCAAGACGCCCCGCCUCCCCCACGUCUCCAGCAGCAGCAGGCGCAGCCGAGAGCAGUCCCGGCUGCUCCUCCCUCGCCGCCUGGCUCCCUCUCCGGACAAGGAGCCGCAGCCUGGAGGUUUCAUUUGUCCCACUGCCUCCAGCUGGCGGCGGCGGCGGGGGGGGGGAAUUUCCUCCUCCUUCUUCUUCUUCCUCCUCCUCCCCCCCCCAUUGCCGCCGGUCUCUCGUGACACUCCAAGACGCAUUUGCAAAUAUUAACCCACGAGAGGAGGGACAACGACAUAUAAAAGCACCUGCCCGUGAGCCUAGUGCCUGGGGGAAGAGGCGAGCCCAACCCACCGAGCGCGGCUCACAUCCCCGUUCGCUUUGCCGCCUCCCUGCGUGGGACUCGUCUGCUCCGGAGCCCUGCGGACGCGCUGCCCUUGCCGGCCAGCCGGCGGCUGGUGCCGCGGGGAUCCGGGGCUGGCGAGAGGCUCAAGCCCGCCCGUGCUCGCAGAGGACCAGGUGCGGGCGGGUGUCGUUUUCCCUGGCGCGCAGAGCCGGGAGGGGAGCGCUCCUCGCCCGCACCCUGCCGCGCUGACCAUGGCCGGAUGUUGCUUAUCCGCCGAGGAGAAAGAGUCGCAGCGGAUCAGCGCGGAGAUUGAGCGGCAGCUGCGCCGGGAUAAGCGGGACGCGCGCAGGGAGCUCAAGCUGCUGCUGCUGGGCACAGGAGAAAGUGGAAAGAGUACCUUUAUUAAACAGAUGAGGAUUAUUCAUGGGUCAGGUUACACAGAUGAAGAUAAGAAAAGCUUCACAAAACUGGUUUAUCAAAACAUAUUUACUGCCGUACAAGCUAUGAUCAGAGCUAUGGAUACUCUAAAAAUACAGUACACAUCUGAGCAAAACAAGGAAAAUGCUCAGCUGAUCAGAGAAGUGGAGGUGGACAGAGUAACAGCUCUAGAAAGAAAACAAGUGGAAGCAAUCAAGAAGCUCUGGGCAGAUCCAGGAAUCCAGGAGUGCUAUGAUAGACGGAGAGAAUACCAGCUCUCAGACUCCGCUAAAUAUUACCUUACUGACAUUGAUCGUAUUGCCUUGCCCUCAUUUGUGCCAACUCAGCAAGAUAUUCUCAGAGUCAGAGUGCCAACUACGGGAAUUAUUGAGUAUCCUUUUGAUUUAGAAAACAUUAUUUUUAGAAUGGUGGAUGUAGGUGGCCAGAGGUCUGAAAGAAGGAAAUGGAUUCACUGUUUUGAAAGUGUUACCUCCAUCAUUUUCUUAGUUGCACUAAGUGAAUACGACCAGGUCCUGGCUGAAUGUGACAAUGAGAAUCGAAUGGAAGAAAGCAAGGCCUUAUUUAAAACGAUCAUCACAUACCCAUGGUUUCUGAACUCUUCAGUCAUUCUGUUCUUAAACAAAAAAGAUCUUCUAGAAGAGAAAAUCAUGUACUCCCAUCUAAUCAGCUAUUUCCCAGAAUACACAGGACCUAAACAAGAUGUGAAAGCUGCCAGAGAAUUCAUUUUGAAGCUGUACCAGGACCAGAAUCCAGACAAAGAGAAAGUAAUCUAUUCCCACUUCACUUGUGCCACAGACACAGAGAAUAUCCGCUUUGUCUUUGCUGCUGUCAAAGACACUAUCCUACAGCUAAACCUGAGGGAGUUCAACCUGGUGUAAAAAGAGAACCGCGGCUUGGAUCCACCUAUCGUCAUCUACCUACCCAGCAUAGACUAAUAAAAACAUUACUAGUGCAUUCUAAAAAAUUCCACAAAAGACAGAUUGACACAGAUACAAAUAGAGUUGCUCUUUGAAACAAUUUACUUACAGAAACAGAGGUUGUUUCUGUACAUUUGCUGAUCUUGAAAUAUUUACUGAAGAGAAGUGGAUUAAUAGAACUUUAAGGGAGAACUUCCAAUGUUUACAGUUUUUUAAACUAUACAUUUUAAAUAUUGUUUUUAUAUUUCCCUUAAUUUAGGCUGUGAGAUUUUUUGUGACAACUGUGGUUCAAAGGGUAUUUAAGAAAUUUUUUUUUAUAGAACUAUAUAUAAAUCCAUUGCCAUUCAUCUGUUAUUUUCUUAGGGUUUUUUAUUGCAUUUCGUAAUCAUGAAAAUUAUCAUAGGAAAUUCUAACCUGAGAUGCCUUAAAAAUGAUAAAGUAAUGCUAUUUUAGAAUGUUAGAUACUGUAAUAUUUAUCAUUUAAGUUAGAAUGAGCUGUUAGCAUUUUAAUGAAUUUGGGGGCCAUAUAUUGAAUUUAAUCAUUUAGAUUUUUAUGUUGGAAGUGUCUUUCGUAGGCUGAUAUGCCCAAAGUCUUAACAUGUCUUUGAUGUCAUUUGGCAAUAAUACACAAGAGCCAAGUGUAUAGUUAUAAAGCACAUAGCUGUCACUUCUAUUAAAAUGACAGUGUAACACCAGUA